AUGAGCUGGAGCUUCCUCACCCGGCUGCUGGAGGAGAUCCACAACCACUCCACCUUCGUGGGGAAGCUGUGGCUGACGGUGCUCAUCGUCUUCCGCAUCGUGCUGACCGCCGUGGGCGGCGAGUCCAUCUACUACGACGAGCAGAGCAAGUUCGUCUGCAACUCGGGCCAGCCGGGCUGUGAGAAUGUCUGCUAUGACGCCUUCGCGCCCCUCUCGCACGUGCGCUUCUGGGUCUUCCAGAUCAUCCUGGUGGCCAUGCCCUCGCUCAUGUACCUGGGCUAUGCCAUCAACAAGAUUGCCCGGCUGGAGGAGGGCAAGGUCGGUGGGGGCGGUGGCAGUGGCCCGUCCGGCGGCUUCACUCACAGGAGGCCGCGAAAGAUCUUCUUUGGCGGGCGCGGUCAGCACCGGGGCAUCGAGGAGACGGAGGACGACCAGGAGGACGACCCCAUGAUCUACGAGGUGCCGGAGAUGGAGAGCCGCAUGGAGGCGCCGCCGCCCCGCCGGAGACCCAGGACCCGGCACGACGGGCGCAGGCGCAUCCGGGAGGACGGGCUGAUGCGCAUCUACGUGCUGCAGCUGGUGACGCGCACGGCGCUGGAGGUCAGCUUCCUGCUGGGCCAGUACGCCCUGUACGGCUUCGCCGUGCCGCCCGUCUUCGUCUGCUCCUUCAAGCCCUGCCCGCACAGCGUGGACUGCUUCGUGUCGCGGCCCACCGAGAAGACCAUCUUCCUGCGCAUCAUGUACGGCGUGACGGCGCUCUGCCUGGUGCUCAACGUGUGGGAGAUGCUGCACCUGGGCGUGGGCACCAUCUGCGACAUCCUGCGCAGGCGGCGAGGCCUGGCCCGCGAGGACGAGUACCAGCUGGGCUCCCUCGGGCGGGGGGUGGGCGUCGGGGGCCCCGGGGGGCCCGGGGGCGAGGCCGGGGCCGGAGGGGUGGAGGGGGACUACUCCGGCUAUGCCUUCUCCUGGAACGCCCCCUCGGCGCCGCCGGGCUACAACAUCGUGGUGAAGCCGGAACAGCUGCAGUACACCGACCUGAGCAACGCCAAAAUGGCCUGCAAGCAGAACCGGGCCAACAUCGCCCAGGAGGAGCAGCAGCAGUUCGGCAGCAACGAGGACAACUUCCUGACGGGGGAGGCGCGCGUGGUGCUGCAGAAGGAGAUCCAGCAGGCCCAGGACCAGCUGGAGGCUGCCAUACAGGCCUACAGCCACCAGCAGGACAGCAGCGAGAAGCUCCAGAGCAACAUCCCGCAGCCAGACCGGGACCGCAAGCACCGCUCCGGCUCCAAGCACGGCAGCAGCAAAGGUGGAGAGGGAGGCGGCAGCAGCAGCAACAGCAGCAGCAGUAAGUCUGUGGAGUGCAAGCCGUCUGUGUGGAUUUGAACCCGGGUCACCUCACUUACCCUCCCUCUGAAGGACGUAUGGACAAACCUCUCUGCCGAAUUCUGUUACACACAUAUUCACAUCCACAAACACACACCGACACACACUUAUGUUGUGUGCAUCAAAAAUACAGUA